AUCGCCUUAGCAUGCCUCAAUCUCCCAAUUGGGGUCCGAUACGCCCCUGAAAAUCUCUAUCUUGCUGCUCUGGUCCCAGGUCCUCAAGAGCCAUCCCUAACAGCUCUGAAUCAUUACAUCCGACCCAUUAUAGACGAUUUCGUCACUGGCUGGCAUGACGGUUUCUUUCUGUCCCGCACUGCAUGUUACAACAGUGGCCGUCUCGCCCGAGUAGCCCUUGCUAACGCUGUGUGCGAUCUACCAGCUGCUCGGAAAAUAGCGUCCUUAGCGCCGUCAAUAUCGAAGAAGUUUUGCAGUGUAUGCAAUUGUUGGCAUCCUGUGGACCCAACAGACCGCCGAUGGCGAUUGACCAAACUGGGCAGGGUCGAUUACCAGCAGUGGCGUUGUCGGAACGUUGCCGAGAUGCGCGUUGCGGCGGAGAAAUGGAGAGAUGCUACGUCCGAGGAACAGCGGACGCGGCUUUUUCUUGAAACGGGUGUGCGCUGGUCCGAACUUUGGCGGCUACCGUACUGGGAUCCGACCCAACAACUCGUUGUUGACAGCAUGCAUUGUCUUCUCGAGGGUCUAGCUCACUUUCACUACGUUUCAGUACUG